CAGUGUGAAUUCAUUUAUUUUUUCCAUUACAUUGUUUUUUCUUACACAUAACUAGUGGUAUGGUUGUACUUGAUAAAAAAAUAAAAAAGAAAUUUCUGAGACUUCCUUCCCCACCCCCAAGAAAAUGUCUCAAACUUCCAUUUACACACACAACAUAGUCUUCUCUCUCAUGUUUUUUGCAUAUAUUAUGAAUAAAGUUGUCUUUUAAAAGGGCAAUGAUGCUACUUUGGAUUAACAUGUUCAAUCAGCUGUCUUCUUUUUCAAGAGCACACUAAGACUUCUACUGCUCUACUCAAUAUAAAGACACAUCACUUUAGCCACUAUAACACUUUCAAACCUCAACAACAAUGGCUCUGCCACACCUUCCAUUCAUUCAUCUCCUUGCUCUUCUGCUCUGUUCAGCUGCCUCUCUCUCUCUCUCUCAUUCUGCUUCUCAAGCAGCAGCAGCAGCAGAGCAAAAGGAUGUAACAACUCCAAUCACAACUGUUCCUUUGAGAAAUCCUUCAUCAUUAAAUCCAAUGCUGGAUCCAAGCGACUCAGAGCAACAAACUCCCACCAUCACCACCCCAUCCACGUCGUCCGGUAGCUGGUGCGUGGCCGGCCUCUCCGCCACGGCUGCUGCAUUGCAGGCCGCGCUGGACUACGCGUGCGGGCACGGCGGGGCGGACUGCUCCCCCAUCCAGCCGGGCGGCGGGUGCUUCGCUCCGACGACCCUCCGCGGGCACGCCUCCUACGCCUUCAACAGCUACUACCAAAAGAACCCCAUCCCGACCAGCUGCAACUUCGGUGGCUCAGCCCUUACUACAAGCACUGAUCCAAGUUAUGGGACAUGCCAGUAUCCAUCCGUGAGCACGACUUCAUCGGUGUUGAACACGACUAACUCCAUCGGAUCCCGUGUUUUUGGGGCGGGCCCACUCCCUCCCUCUCCUACUGCACCUGCCACGCCAAAUUUUGUCUCUUCUUCUACACAUCUACUGCACUUCUUCGCUCUCCUACUCUACUACACAUGAUUCUUACAUUAUCAAUAUACAUUACAAUAUACACAAUUUCUUUGGUGUUUUUCUUUGUGUUGAAUCAUCAUCUUAUUGCUGUAAUAAGACAUAAGCAUAAUGGGUAUGUUGAUUUUACAGUAAAAUGAAAGAUAAUCACAUUCUUUGUAAUAUUGUGUUAAACUUGCAAUGUGAUUUAAAAGCGUGGUUCCAUUAUUAGCAUUAGACCACAUGAAACAAGAAAAGCGUUGAAGCCCUGCUCUGCUAUACAUUUGCUC